UUGGCAUGAUGACUGCGUUCUCUAGUGCGCGCGCUUAUUUUACGCGCCAGUCUCUCAGUUUAUCUUUCAGUCUCGGUCCGAUACCAGAAGCGACAGUUAGUCCUAGAUAGAUCGGCCUUCCUCUUCAUUAAUUUUUUUUCCUCUUCAUCAUGAACAACAGCGAGCUGAAGAAGAUUGAGUUGCGCGAGCUGCGGCCGCUUCUGACAGGCGCUUUCGGCGAUCAGCUGAUCGUGGUCCGCUACACGGCCAGGAACCUGUUGCAGCCGGGCGAGAAUUACGGGAGCACCAUCUUUGACGUCCACGCGGUGAUCAAGCGUAACGAAAACGCUGGGGAGGAGGAUCUCUACCUAGUGGCAAAGAUGCCGCCGCCGACCCCGUUCCAGCGGAAGAUCUUCGAUUCUCCGUAUUCCUUCCGGAAGGAGAUCUUCAUGUACGAGAGCAUCCUACCGCAUUACAAUCAACUGGAGAGAGACGCUGGUUUAAAGGAGGACGAGCUGUUCCACGUGUUACCCAAGUACUAUCAGUCCCGAUUCUCCCUAAAUCCGGACAUCGAUUUCGAUGACGACGCGGUUAUUUUAUUGGAAAAUUUGAAGGUCCGCGGUUAUUACAUCUGCGACCGAGUUAAAGGAUGUGACCAUGAACAUUCAAGAGUCGCAAUAAGGGCGAUGGCCAGGUUUCACGCCCUAGGAAUGGCGAUCAAAUACAAGGAUCUAGAGUACUUCGAGGUACUGAAGGAACGUAGCAAGUGCAUCAAACUGCAGAAUGAAGAGUUCGAGCAUAUGCAGGGCGACAUGCAGAAGAGGAUAGCAGCGGAUCCGGAGCUAGUCGUCCACGUCGAUCGCUGCAACGCUGCCAUGACGGAGUCGUUCAAGGACGGUAUGUGGGACCUGGUGCCCGACGAGCCCUGGUCCACCAUCUGCCACACGGAUUUCUGGGUGAACAACAUCAUGUUCCAUCGCGACGAGGCCGGCCGAGUCGACGACGUCAAGUUCGUCGACUUUCAGAAUUAUCUCUUCUUCAAUCCGCUGCGGGAGAUGGUCUUCUACCUGUUUUCCAGUACGGAAGUGAGGGACGAUUACAUUCAGGAGUUGAUGGACCUCUACCACGAGACCUUCGUCGCCGUUCUGAGCCGAAUGGGCUGCGACACCGAAUCGUUCACCAGGGAGAAGUUUGACGAGAACCUGAAUAGCCAGGCUAAGUACGAGUUUAUGCACUUGCUCUUCAUGCUUAAGAUACUUACGUUGAAUGUGCAGGAGGAUGAGUUCAAGAUGCAGGAUAUGCAGAACUUCUUGAAGUCCUAUCAGGGCAAUCAAGUGUUCGUUCAACAACAGCGCAAAGUUAUAUCGUAUUUUAUCAAACGUAAUUGGAUCUAGACAAUGUAAUAGAAGAAAAGAAAUAUGUCGAAUUAUACAUAAUAAUAUAUUUUUAUCACGCAUAGUAUGACAUAAUAUGAGCGAUUAUGCUGCUUAACUGUACAUAAUUGUGUACUAUUUAAAAAAACGAAAGAACUUUUAUUUGAGGAAAAAGGAAUCGGAUGAGAUAUAUAUGAUGUAAGACAUUUGAGACAAAUAUAAUAAAUAUAUAUUUUUUAUAACAA